CAGAUUUUAUGCAUAAAUUCUGAGUUCUCGCGACUCAAACCGCGGUCUUUCAUACGAGCGUUAAGAAUAACGACUCAAAAAGCUCUCUAUUUCUUCAUAUGUCUGGCGACAGCCAUCAGGGGUUUCUACUUCUCUUCGCCCACAAACGGAGGCCUGUUAUGGGCCGAGAGUUUGAUGAGUGCUUACUAUCCCGUACUUCUCAGCGGAUCCUCUUUAGUCGUUUGCUUUUGGGCUGAAGUAUUCCAUUUGCAUGACGUGAGUGUCGAGAGGCCGACAUUUCUGAGCAAAUCAUUCACUGGAUUCAUACUCUUCAAUGUCGUCACGUACUCUCUAUUGAUGGCUGAAUUAGUUUUGCUCACGUUUGCUGAUCCAACGGCUUCUGAUAAGAGUUUAUUUUUAAGUAUAUUUAACAGCAUUUAUGCCGUUUUAAUGCUGAUUGUCGUCAUAUUCUUCCUUAUUUAUGGCGUCGAAGUCUACUUCAAAGUUAGGGGAGCGUUCAUUCAAGAAGAGUCUAUACCCCAAGAUCUCUCACAACUACAACAGUCCAGACUCGGCCUCAUAUCGCAGGCCGUUCUGCUCUUAAUAACAGUUCUCUUCAUGUUUUCCGAAGUUUUGGGCGGAUUUUGGAAAGACAAAGUUCCCGUUUUGAGUCGAAACUAUCACCAAAUUAUGUUCCGAGUGGUGGAACUGGGGGUCGCCCUAUGGUUCCCGUGCGUCCUCUGGAACUGCAUCCGACCGGAAAGGCUAUGGAUUCUGAAUCCUCGGCGAAUCCUGAAGCGCGAGCCCUCUCGAGAGUUCGCAAUGACUCACAUCCGAGAAGCCGAGGCUCUGGUCUGUUCGCCGACCAAUUCGGUGACAAUACUUCGUUCGGAGCAAUCGGUGUCCACGCGAUCCAUACCUGAGUGUUGGAUCUGUUACGACACGGACAAGAAGGACUGCGGGCCACUGAUCCAGCCGUGCGCCUGCAAAGGGGACGUGUCGGCCGUACACCACGACUGUCUGCGCAAGUGGUUAAUGGAGUCGUACACCAACCCGGAGAACGUACGGUGCAAAGUGUGCAACGAGUUGUACGAAGUGGAGAGGGGACACGUCUGGCUCCCGUCCGGCCUCACGAUCACUCAUUGGUUCAAAACGGCGGCCAUUAUAUCGAUAAUGUGUUCGGCGGCGGCCGGCACUUGUCUCGUCAUCAAGAUCUUCGAGCACAUGUACGUCAAGACCAUUAGCGUCGGGUGCGCUAUACUCGUGGAGUACGUCUGUCUCAGAUUCUUAGGCUUUAACAUGAUAUCGGCGUAUCAAAGGGCAAAGUUCUCUGCCAUCAAAAUAAUUGGCCAAAAGAUUUCAUGCGGUGUUAACACACAUCCGAUGAUGAAUACCGUCUGCCAAACGAUUCCCACCCAUCAGUUGUGCACCUCUUGUGUCACAACCAAAAGGGAUUCAUUCGACGAGUGCUCCACUUCUUCUGCCAAUAGGGAUGAGUCGGUUGUGACUGAAAAACGUGAUCAACAAAUGGAUUGCUCCGAUGAAUACCCGGAUUAAUCACUAAAUGCUUUCCAAAUACCAUUCGCUGGUAAAACAGUCGAUUGAUUCGUGCGAAUGGGUCUGUAGUUACGAGAAAAACAAAUUGAUUAUUAGUUUUAUUAAUUAAUUUAAUUUAUAAGUUAUAUAUAUUUUAAAUUCAUUUCGUUUCGUU